AUGUCAGAGUCGCUUUUUGUGGACGAGACUCCACCAGGAUCUCCGUACAAUCCUGAUGAUAUCGGUGCAGCACCCAGUCAAGAGGAGCUGAUGAAGAACGUGCAAUCGAGCUACGAUGCGGUGCGAGAAGCUGCACGGGCAAGAGACGAGAUGUUAGUGCCAAAGCUAGAAUCGCUGCCGUUUGUGGCAGAAAUCGUCCGCGAACUUUUGUCCGAAGACCACUUGGCCGUAAUGGCAAGGGGAUUGGGGCUGCACGAGGUGGCUGCCACCUUGAUUAUGAUCACAGAUGUAGCCGGAACGCAAAGGACGAAAACUUCAGAGAUUCCAUUUGAUAAAGAAAACCUCGUUUUGGUGAUUGGGGCUACGCAGCGGGACAUUGAGCUCAUCCAAUCCGAACUAGAUCGUCUAUCAAACGUCGAUCUCUCCACCAGAGGAUUGGUCUCUUUGACCGCGGAAACUUCUGCCCCAAAGCGCACUUUACUGUACAAUAGUGGUGGUGUUUUUUCCGUAACAACUCGAAUUCUGGUGGUUGAUAUGCUAACUGGUGCAAUUCCGACCGACAUGAUUACUGGUGUAAUUGUUCUCAACGCCGAGAGGGUCGACGAUACAAGCAACGAAGCUUUUAUUUUGCGGCUUCUAAGAUCAAAAAAUCCGCAUGCUUUCAUCAAAGCUUUAUCUGAUUGUCCGGAUCGUAUCUCGCCAGGUUUAAAUGGUUUAUCAAUGAGACUGCGUAGUCUUGGGGUUCCCAAAAUAGCAUUGUGGCCCAGAUUCCAUUUACAGGUUAGCGAGUGUCUGGGCAAUCGUCAGAUAAACGAAUGCAUCGUUGAAUUAUCUGAAUCAAUGAAGCUAAUGCAAGCUCAAGUCACCGAAUUACUUCAAGCCUGUAUCUCUGAUAUCAAACGUCGUGUACCUACCGUUGAUACUGAGUCGUGGACUGUGGAUGCUGCAAUGAAAACUGAUUUGGCAAGGACCGUUCGUGUUACAUUGUACUCUCAAUGGCACCGCAUCUCCCAAGAUGGCCAACGAAGUGUUGACGAUUUAGCCACUUUGCAAGAUCUGCUCUCUGCUAUCACACAUUAUCAUCCGGUCGAACUACUGCGGUUCCUUCAAACAUAUUGGUAUACUCGCUCAUUGGAUGUCCGAAAUAUCUCACCCUGGCUGCUAUCUCCACAGGCAGAGGCUCUUCGAGAGCUGGCCAUAGAAAGGGUGCAAAUAAGAGAGGUUCUUCCCAAAUUAGAGUACCUUAUGACGACCCUACAGGAGUUAGAGGGCCAACCUCGAGUUUUGAUUGUGGUAAGUGAUUUGGCUACUGUAAAUCUAGUCCAACGCUAUCUCGAAAACGGGUCGAACUACUUGGCUCAGCUCGAACAAGAGUACAACGCCUGGAAAGUUAGGGCAGAGAAGACUGAACCUCGCGAGGAGACUCCAGAACCUGUUGAUGAGCGCAGAGGCAAACGACGGAGAGUUAGAGGCACCAGCCGGUUUACAGAAGGCCGCGCAGCUUCCACUCCCGAAGCAAAAGAAGGGUCACCAGUCGAAGUCACAAGUAUUCAGGAAGUCAAAACUGAGCUGGAGUUUCACCCAGUAGUUGUCACACACUCUAAUGUUGACACUCUUCAUGCCAUUCAUCCAGAUGUCAUCGUCGUGUACGAUCUUGACAUGGUAUUUACUAGGGCCAUCGAGAUGUACCGCGCUAGUACCAAACGGGAUCCCAGCAUUUACUUUAUGUAUUAUCGUAAUUCCAUUGAGGAAAUGCGGUAUUUGACAGCACUGCGGCGAGAAAAAGAUGCAUUCACAAAUCUCAUUCGAGAAAAGGGAACAAUGCCCAUGGUCAUUAUCGAUCCUAGCGAAGCACAGAUUGGGAAUGAUGGGCCCAGAGUUAUCUCCACCCGUAUCGGUGGACGGGUCCAAAGUCGUGUGGUUAUGGAAAAACCGCGAGUCAUUGUUGACGCUCGAGAAUUCAGAUCAUCGCUCCCAUUCCUGGUAUGGCAAGCGCGUAUCGAUGUUUUGCCCUUGACUCUUUUGGUAGGAGACUAUAUCGUUACUCCUGAAAUAUGUGUGGAGCGGAAAACGGUCACUGAUCUGAUUAGCUCCUUUCAAGACGGUCGUCUUUAUGCCCAAUGUGAGUCAAUGUUUAGACAUUAUAAAACGCCAGUGUUACUGAUUGAGUUUGGCAGCGAUCGAUCGUUCUCUUUGGAGCCCUUCAAAGAGAUUCGAACGGCUUCUCUUGAACGGCAGUCGAGCAUACAUGGCAAUCUGGCUUUGUUACUGUUGAAGUUUCCAAAACUCAAACUUAUUUGGAGCGCAUCCCCCAGACACACGGCAGAGAUCUUCAUGUCCCUCAAAGCAUCAGCCGACGAACCUGACCCGGUUCAGUGUGUGCAGGCUGGACAAGAAGUUGUAAUGAAUGAGGCUGCUCAGGACAUGCUCCAGGCCAUCCCGGGAGUCACCCAACAAAACUCAAGGCUGAUUAUGGCCAAAGUCAACUCGCUGGUCGAGUUGGUCGAGAUGGAUGUCGAUGAUCUGGCUCCUAUCGUAGGCAGAGAAGUCGCUGUCAAAAUGGUACGCUUCAUGAGAGAAGGUGAGUAA